CAGUGCUUCCAAUUAAACCUGUUGGACUAUAACCUGAUGUUGUGUGAUUUUCAACUCGACUACCUGAAGAUAAAAAAAGCCAUCCACGUGAUGAUGGCGACAUCACUGCUUGCGUCAGACGUACGACGUCGGGGGGCAGGGCGAAGGAAACUGACGUUAAGAAGGCGCCUGUCUCUAGAUUCCAAAUCAGCUGUUGCGGGACUCGAUGGCGCGGUAUUUCCAGAGAAACUGUUGUGGACACCGGGGAGAAGGACUGAAGGCGAACAGAGCUAUAGUCCCAGGGCAGCUCCUCUACUCUGCUUCGCCCUACACUUACAUCCCCUCCAAGAAAGCCAUGGGCUCCGUCUGUGAACACUGCCUUUCCAGGGAGGGAUCUCUGUUGCGUUGUUCCCAGUGCAAAAUGGCAAGAUACUGCAGUACCGUCUGCCAGAAACUAGCUUGGCUGGACCACAAGCGUGAAUGUAAAUGUUUGCGAAGUAUCUAUCCGAAAGUUCCAACUGAUAUGACCAGGCUUGUGGCAAGGAUAAUCUUCAAACUGCUGACUGGAUUGCCCUGUCCCUCAGAAGAGUUGUAUUCCGUGUCAGACCUUCAGUCCAAUAUCAAAGAGAUGAGCGAAGAAAUGAAAGGAGGCCUUGGGCAACUUACAGCCAUGCUACAAUUUUAUAUCAAAGAGGAAAUUCCCAGCGUAUCCCAGCUGCCUCCUGGUUUAAGUCUCCUUCACCUCUUCGGUCAGGUGACGUGCAACUGUUUCACCAUCAGCGAUGGGGAGAUGCAAGAGAUCGGUGUUGGCCUCUAUCCCAGCAUGUCCCUACUGAACCACAGCUGUGACCCAAACUGUGUCAUUGUCUUUGACAGAAAACAACUCCAGCUUCAUGCAAUUCGACAGAUUCAAGCAGAUGAAGAGCUGACCAUUAGUUACAUUGAUGUGAUGGCCACAAGUCCAGAACGUCGGAGACAGUUAGAGACGCAGUACUGCUUUACAUGUGAUUGUGUACGAUGUGAGACAGCCGACAAGGAUUCAGACAUGCUGGCGGGAGAGAAACACGCCUGGAAGGAAAUCAAAGAAUCGAUUCCGAAAGUGGAGAAAUUACAGUCUGCAGGAAACUGGGAAGAGGUGGUGGAAGUGUGCCAGGCUUUCAUCGACAAGAAUCGAGAUGUCCUCCCUGACACGAACCUCUAUCUGCUGAAGAUGCUUGAUGCUGCCAUGGAUGGCUGUAUUCACCUUGCUCGCUGGGAGGACGCCCUGUGUUACAGUGUCAGGACCCUCCGACCGUAUCAGUUGUACUAUGCUGGCGCUCAUCCUGUGAGAGGAGUGCAACUCAUGAGAGUGGGCAAGCUGCAACAUCAUCAGGGCAAGCUGAAGGAAGCAGCGGGCACACUAAAGCAGGCAUUUGACAUUCUCAAGGUGACCCAUGGAAGAGAACAUCCCCUGACUGACAACCUGCAGCAGGUCCUGGCAGAAUGUGAGGCUGAGUUCAGCUUCAGGCCUCAACAACUGUGAACAGAUCUAACUGGUGUGUGUGUGUGUGUGUGUG